UUUGACAUAACUCCACCAGAGAAGAAGAAGAAGAGAGAAAAGAAAGAAAAGAAAGUAGAAGAAAAGAAAGUAGAAGAAGAGAAGAAAGAACCAGAGCCAGAGCCAGAGAAGAAGAAAUUUGACAUGUAA